AAUAUGAAACGGAAGAAACUUUCGGAAAAAGCUUCCUUCUUUGGAGAGGGAAGCUUUGAUCCGCCUGAUGAUGCUCAGAGGAAGGAAUCAUAUUUUGCUAAGGCUUUGAAGCCUAAAUUGAUGCUGUUCUUGACUACUCUUUGUUGUUUCUUAGCAACAGGUUCAGCAGAAAAAGUUGAAUGUUCAGCUGGAUAUUAUUGUGUACAAGGUGUAGAAUAUGACUGCCCUGAAGGGUUUUUUAGUAGAGAUAGAGAGGUAGACUGCACAAUUUGCCCACACGGAUACGCAUGCCAAAAUCCUGCUGAAGAGCCAAUCAAAUGUGAAGAAGGAUACUUUACCCAAGGAGGUUCCACUAAAUGUGAAAAGUGCACAGCUGGAUAUACUUGUACACUUGUUGGAAAUGUAACUCUUGUCGAACUUUGCCCAGGUGGAACAUAUUCUUUGGAAGGUGGUAACGUUUGACUCCCAAGCCCCAAAGGAUACAUGAUAACUAGUCCUUCAAGCAAGCCUGAAGAAUGUACAGAUGGGUACUAUUCUACAAAUGAAAAUGCAACAUCCUGCCAUCUUUGCCCAAGAGGACAUCAAUGUAAAAACAAGGCACAAGAGCCAGUUAUUUGUGAAGAAGGAACUUACUCAGGACCUGGAUCUAUGAAAUGCGAACCUUGCCCUAUUGGCUACAGAUGAGAGGAAGGAUGUGGAAACCCAACCAUUUGUGAUAAAGACGAUCAUGAUUGCCACCACCCAACUCAGAGAAGAGGACUUGCCACCAGCUGUAGCGCAGGCUAUUACUGGGAUGGAGUUGACACUUGUUUGAAUUGUCCCGAAGGAUACAGAUGCACUGGAGGUACUAAUGCACCAGUCGCUUGUGGUGCAGGCCAAUACUCAGGAUUCAACCAAGGAAGCGGAGCAUGUACAACUUGUUCUGGAAACAAUAUUUGCCCAACAAAGAGAGCUUCAGAUGUUUAUUCUUGCCAGAGUGGUUUUGUGAAGACAAACAAUUUGUAUUGUAAACCUUGCCCAGAAGGUUACAGAUGCGAUGGAAGUGAUACUCCUGUUAUAUGUACUGAUGGAACUAAUUACUCUUAUGGAGGAGUUGUGAGCACUUGUACUGGUUGUCCUACCGGACAUGAAUGUCACCCAAAAGGAUAUAUUCAUUGUACUGAUGGAUUCUACAUCAACUCAGGAACUUGUACUAAAUGACCCAAAGGUUCCUACUGUCAAAGUAAUGCAAGGACUCUAUGUCCUGCUGGUACUUAUCAGCCGUUUGAUGGGUUUACCCAUUGAUUAUAGACUGUCCUGUUCAAACAGAAUGCCCUGGUGCCGGGAGAACUACUUAUAACGAUUGUACUCUAAACAAUGCAUGGGCUGCUCCCAAAAGUUCUUCUUGUACAACUUGUGAAGUUGAUCAUGAAUGUUUUGUUGGCUAUUCGGUUGAAUGCCCUUCCACUCAUUUCUCUACUUCAGGUGAUUUUGAAUGCCAUCCUUGCCCAGAAGGAAAAUACUGUAAUAGUCCUCGUACAAGUCAAGGUGAUUGUGCUACAGGACAAUACUCACCAGCUGGAUCUGUUAAAUGCUAUACAUGCCCACAAGGUCAUUUCUGUCCAAACAAAGGAAUGAGCAAGCCGAUUCCAUGCCCGGCUGGUCAGUAUCAAGGAUCUACAAAUCAACAGUCUUGUAGUACAUGUGCUGAUGGAACUUAUUCUAACAUCCCAGGUAGUGUCAGCUGCCAGACUCUUCCUGCAGGACAUUAUUCUAAUUCUGAAAGAAGUGCAAGUAAUCCAUGUCCUAAAGGUACUACACCUGCUGGUAAUAAGAGAAGCUGUGUUGCAUGUUCAGCCGGAUCUCUAUGUGGAAUUGCAGAAGCAUCAGGUUCAGGAACUCAUUCUAAAUGCCCUGUAGGAUAUUACUGCCCAAUUGUAUCUUCAACUAUUGUUCUAAGACCAUGCCCUGCAGGAAAAUACGGAACUGCUCAAGGUGCUGCAACUGAAGGAGCUGGAUGUUCAGACUGUUCUCCCGGAUACUAUUGUCCAGGAGGUGCUGCAGUUCCAAUCUCAUGUCCUGAAGGAGCAUACUGUGGAUCUGGAGCUAGUACUCCAACUCUCUGUGGAACUGGAAAAUAUAACAAGUUUAAAGGAAAAAGUCUAAUUAGUGAUUGCUUAUCUUGUGUUGAUGGACAAUAUUGCCCAGCAGGAACAGAUUUCCCAUUAGAUUGUCCUGCAGGUAUGCACUGUGCAGCUGGGGCAAUAGCUGGAACUGAAUGCAAUGCUGGAACCUAUCUCCCAGUGAAUAAUAUUCCUGAUAAUCCCUCUAAAGCUCAAUCAGAUUGCCAAGCCUGUCCGGUGGGUCAUUAUUGCUUACAAGGAGCCUCUAAUCCUACUCCAUGCCCACCAGGAAGAUAUAGGGCAUCUACUGGAGGAACACAGUUGACUGAUUGUGCAGAAUGCCCUCAAGGAAAUGCUUGCCCAUUUGCAGGAAUUUCUGAUGUAAGAUCUGUAGUGAAAUGUGAUUAUGGACAUUACUGUCCUCAAGGAUCAAUUUACCCUCACACAAACAAAUGCCCUGCUGGAAAAUUCUCUGAUUCUACAAGUCUUAGUGCUUCAUCAGGCUGCGGCAAUUGUCCUGCUGGCUAUUUCUGUACUGAAGGUUCAAACAGUUUCACUAAUCCUCCUACUAUUUGCCCUGCAGGAUUUUUCUGUCCUCAAGAUAGUACUCUAGGAACUACAAAUCCUUGCCCAGCUGGUACUUAUUCAACAAAUACUGGAUUAACAGUUAACACAGAAUGCACAGAUUGUCCAGCUGGUUCGUAUUGUGCAGGUGGACUCACAGCAGUUUCUGGAUUAUGUGGGGCUGGUUACUGGUGUCCCGUUAAAUCUAGUGCUUCCACACAAAAUGCUUGUCCUAAAGGCACAUACUCAGCAGGAACAGGCUUAAAGACUGAAAAUGAAUGCACAGUUUGCCCUCUUGGGUACAUUUGUAGCUCUACAGCAAUGACAGCUCCAGUGAAAUGCCCAGCAGGAACAUAUGGGGCAACAGCAGGACUUGAUGGAACAACUACAGCAAAAAGUUGCACUCAAUGCCCAGAAGGAUAUUUCUGUGCUGAAGGAGUGACUUCUCCAACUGCUUGUGGAAAGGGAAAAUAUUCUGUUGCUGGUUCGAAAGAUACAGGAUCUCCAGUCUGUGAAAAGUGCCCAACAGGAUUUUAUUGUGCAAAAGAAGCAACAACUCCAGCUGAUAGAACUGCUUGUGCAGCUGGAUUCAUUUGAGAUAAAGCAGGCACAGUUGGAGUAGCUGAAGUUCCAUUCCACCCAGAUUAUUCAUGCCCUGCAGGUCAGUAUUGUUUGGCAGGAGCUACUGCAGGAACUAAAUGUGCAAAAGGAACAUAUAAUCCAUCUGCAGGAAAGGGAACAUCUUCAGAUUGUAUUCAGGUUCCAGCUGGUUUUUAUGCUGAUACUGAAGGAACUUCUUCUAUUACAUCUAAUGUUUGCCCAGCUGGUUACUACUGUCUUGCUGGAGCUCAAGAUGCCAAAACUAACCCCUGUCCAGCUGGAAAAUACAGAGGAUUGACAGGAGGGCAAGCUGCUGCAGAUUGUGCUACUUGCCCUACAGGAUAUUAUUGUGGAGAGAAUACAGUUACACCAGUCGAAUGCCCUCAAGGUUACUAUUGUGGAAAUGGAGUAUCUGAACCUACAAAAUGACCAAAAGGAUAUUAUGGAGCUGACGCUAGACUAAGAGCUGUUGGAGAUUGUACUAUAUGUCCACAAGGAAGAUAUUGCUCUCAAGCUGGGCUUUCCGAACCAGAUGGACUUUGUGACCCAGGAUUUACUUGUGGUUCUGGAAGUACUUCCCCUGCUCCACCUACUAGAAGAAAUUUACAAACAUCAAGUGGAGUAUGUCCAGCAGGAGGUUAUUGUGAACAAGGAUCUAAAUAUGCAACUAGAUGCCCUCCAGGAACUUUUAAUGAUCUUCCAGGACAAGAUGAAGCAAGUGACUGUAAAGAUUGUACUGAUGGUCAUUAUUGUGUUGGUACUACUGAUGCAUCAACCUCUGGACAAUGUAAUGCAGGAUAUUAUUGUAAUAAUAAAGCGACAGCUCCAACACAAAAUUAUGCUGAUCAAGGAAAAUAUGCUGUUGCUGGAUCUUCAACAGAUACCCUAUGUGCUAUUGGAACCUAUAAUCCAUUCUUUGCCCAGAGCUCAUGUUUACCGUGCAAAGCUGGAUAUUAUUGCCCAACAACUGGAAUGAAAGUGAUGACCGAAUGUCCUACAGGUCAUUAUUGCCUUGCUGCUGCAUCUUCAACUACUCAAUGCCCUGCUGGUACUUUUAAUAAUGUGGUAAAAGCAACUCAAUCUUCUGAUUGUAUUGACUGUCUCCCUGGAAAAUAUUGUCUCAUUGGGUCCUCAACUCCAACUGGAGACUGUACUGCAGGAUAUUUCUGUAAAAAGUCUGCUCAGGUUGCUGCUCCAUCUACUACAACAGCUAACUAUGGAGUUUGUCCAGCUGGACAUUAUUGUCCGACAGGGACUGGGGAUCCUAUCCAAUGCCCUCCUGGUACAUACAAUUCUUUAACUCAGAGAACAGCUAUUUCUCAUUGCUUAGCUUGCCCACAAGGGAGAUACUGUGAAACUCCAGGGCUGACUACAAAUGGUAGCCCAUGCCCAGCUGGGUAUCUUUGCCCACAAGGAACAAAAGUAAAAUUCCCAUCAACCUUCUGUGGGGUAGGACAGAGAUGCCCUGAAGGUUCCUACACAGCGACUGAAUGCCCUAAUGGAUACUAUCAAAAUGCUCCAAGACAAGGAAUUUGUAGACAAUGCCCAAAAGGUUACAUAUGCCCACAAGGGACAGGAGCUAAAGGAGCCACUGCAUUUUCUGCUGCACCUUGCUCAGCAGGUAAAUAUUGCGUCGCUGGAUCUUGGACGGAGCAAGACUGUCCUCAAGGAACUUACAGUCCGGCUACAAAGAAAGGUGCUGCUUCUGAAUGCAUUGAUUGCGAUCCAGGAAGUUAUUGUGAUACUGCAGGUAUUACAGCAGUCAGUGGACAAUGCACUGCAGGUUACUUCUGUACACUUAAAUCAACAACUGCUACUCCUGCCACACUAACUGCAACAGGAGGACCAUGCACUGUUGGGCACUAUUGUCCUACCGGAUCAACUGUAGAGCUGCCCUGUCCUCCUAAAAGGUAUUGCUCAGCUGUUAGACUUCCUGCUUCUGAAGGAGAUUGUGAUGCCGGUUAUUUCUGUAGUGGAGGAGCAGUCAAGAAAAAUCCAGCUAAUGCUGCCGAAGGAGGUGGACCAUGCCCUGUAGGCCAUUACUGCCCAGUUGGGACAUCUAGCCCUAUUCCUUGCUCUCCAGGAACUUUUAAUCCAAGCACAGGAGGAUCAGCUCCAGGUAAUUGCCAAGCCUGUACUUCAGGAAAAUAUUGUGAAUCUUUCGGAGGAAGUGCAGUUACAGGGGAUUGUGCAGCCGGAUAUUAUUGACCAUCAGGUAGUACCGUAGCAAAGCAAAACAUUUGCCCAGCCGGAAGUAAGUGCCCAGCAGGAGCCUCUGCUGCUACUGCAUGUACUGAUCCAGAAUAUCAAGAUAUAAAAGGUCAGGCAACAUGUAAAACUUGUGGAGCUGGAUAUGAAUGUACAUCAACAGCAAGAACCUUAUGCAGGCCGGAUCAAUCUCCUCUAAGUUACUAUUGCCCAGAUAAUUCUUAUUCAAGAGUAAUGUGCCCAGAUGGUACCUUCACUAACAUUAUUGGGGCUGAAACUACAGCUGAUUGAGUAAAUUGCCCUCCAGGAUAUUACUGCCCGAAUUCUGCUUCAUUAUCUAAAAUUGUCGAAUGUCCUUCAGGAUUUUACUGCGAUGGAAAGGCGCAUAAAGCUGAUCAGACAGGAGCGAAUACGUAUAAAUGUACCGAUGGCCAUUACUGUCCAAGUGGAUCAAGUAGUCCGGUUCCAUGUACCCCAGGAAAAUAUUGCUCGGGACUAAGUUUGCAAGCACCUUCUGGAGAUUGUACACAAGGAUACUACUGUCUUGAAGGUUCAAAUACAGCUACACCAACUGAUGGGGUAGUGGGAAAUCAGUGCCCUGCAGGAUCAUACUGCCCAGCAGGCUCAUCAAUAAACAUUGAAUGCCCAAUAGGAACAUAUAAUCCAAAUGCUGGAAGUCACCUAUCGACAAGUUGUGUACAAUGUGAUACUGGUAAAACUUGUAAAGGAAGAGGACUCUCUGCGCCUGGAACUAACUGCCCUGCUGGUUACUAUUGCACACAGAAUCCAUUUGAACAAAAGGCUUGUGAAGAAGGAAACUAUUGCCCAGCAGGAGUUGAUGCUCAGCAAAAAUGUGGUUCUGGAACUUACAACCCUUAUACCCUUCAGUAUACCUGUUUAGCUUGUCCAGCAGGAUAUUAUUGUCCCCAAUCUGAUACAACGACUAAGUUCAUUUGCCCAGUGGGAAAUUAUUGUCCAGCAAACAGCGCUGCCGCUACUCCAUGUGAAGCUGGUAGAUAUGGCCCAAGACAAGGAUUAGCUGCAAAUACUGAUUGAGAGUUGUGCCCUCAUGGAAAGUAUUGUGGGUCUACAGGAUUAUCAUCUCCCGGAUCCGAUUGUACUGCUGGAUCAUAUUGCAUCAGAGGAGCUACUAGUGCAACUCAAGCUGCUUGCCCAAAAGGUCAUUACUGCCCUCAAGGAACAUAUACUCCAAUUCAUUGCCCUCCAGGAACUUACAAUGAUCAAACAGGAGGAACAACUAUUGCUAAUUGUAAAGCUUGUACAACUGGGAAAUUCUGCCCUGAUAUAGCAAUGGAAGCAGCUCCAACAGCAGCAAAUAGAGAUUGUGCUCCAGGGUAUCAAUGUAACACUGGAGCAAGAACUCAAUAUCCAUUGGAUGGAGUCACAGGUAAACUUUGCGAUUACGGAAACACAUGUGCCAUUUGCCCAAGCGGUAGUUACAAUGCUAAGAAGGGAAUUCCUGGAUGUGUGAACUGCCCAAAAGGAUAUUAUUGAGAUAAAUCUAUUAGUGAGACUCAGUACUAUAUUUGUCCAGCUGGAAGCUAUUGUCCUGAAGGAGAUACCACCAACGAUGUAGUUAACAAGAUACCAUGUCCUGCUGGAACUUAUAGCUCUAAGACUGGCCUACACAUGUCGAGUCAAUGUACUCCAUGCGACCCAGGAAAAUACUGCAGUCAGGGAGCAACUUCGGUCAGUGGAAAUUGUCAAUCUGGAUAUGUUUGCCCAAGAGGAGCUGAUAGAGCAGACCCAACAGGAACUUUCGGAUUCGACCCAGCUGUUACAUCAACCUACAACAAGCCUGGACCUUGCCCAAUUGGUCACUACUGCCCACAAGCAAGCUCAUACCCAAUUCCAUGCAGAGAAGGUACCUAUCAAGAUCAGACUGGACAGGCAACCUGUAAAGACUGUCCUGCUGGAAAUUAUUGUGAUGAAACUGGAAUUCAUACGACAACACUACUUAAUUCAAAACAAUGUGCCCCUGGUCACUUCUGUUCUGGAGGAACUAAAGUCGAAAAACCAAUCAGAACAACUCAUAGCGGAAGCAUUUGUUCUUCAGGAAAAUAUUGUCCUCUCGGAACUGCAACUGAACUUUCCUGCCCAGGAGGAUAUUAUGACAAGAGAAAAGGAAUCAGUCAGUGCAUGACAUGUCCAAAGGGAUAUUACUGCCCAGCAGGAAGCACUGUGCCAAUUGUUUGCCCUGCAGGCCAAUACUGUACAGCUGGAGUUUCAGCAGGAGUUAAUUGUCCCGAUGGCACUUAUAACACAGAAGAUGGAUUAGAAGAGUCAACCCAAUGCAGACCAUGCCCUGUCAGUAAAUACUGUACUGCAGGAGCAAUCCAAGGAGCAUGCGACUCUGGAUAUUGGUGCGAUAGUGGAGCAAAAUCUGCCACAGACACAACGAAGAAAUGCCCAAGUAAUCAUUAUUGCGAAUCUGGAACAUCUGCACCUGUGAGAUGUGAAGCUGGAAAGAUUUUCCAAGGAACUGGUGGUACUUCCCCAGCAAACUGUACUGACUGCCCUGCAGGAAAAUACUGUCCUGAAACUAAUAACGGAGUCCCAGUUGAUUGUCCAGCAGGGCAUUACUGCGCUGCAGGACAGACAGAUCCAACUGCCUGUCCAACUGGUAAAUUCAGAGCCGCUACACAAGCCACACAACUAUCAGAUUGCUUGGACUGUAAUCCAGGAACUCUAUGUAAUGUUGAAGGAGUCGGAGUUGAAGCUAAUUUCAAAUGUCCUGUUGGUAAUUACUGUGUAGCAGGAAGUAGGAAUGCAGAAAAAUGCCCUGGAGGAACUUAUAGAAACGAUGUAGGUGCAGGAGCACUAAGUGAUUGCCAUCAAUGCCCAGGUGGAUUUUACUGUCCUACGGGAAAUAAUAUUAACCCUAUUAUCUGCCCUUCAAAAACUUAUUGUCCCGCAGGUUCAAGCAGUACUACAGUGUGCCCGGCUGGAAAAUACUGCCCUCCUCAAACUACCACACCAGUUGAUUGUCCAGUUGCAUACUACUGACCUCAAGGAGUUGACGAAUAUAUUAAAUGCGCCAACGGAACUUACUGUGAACUGAAUUCUCCUACACCAACUCUAUGUCCAAAUGGUACAUUUGGUAAUGGAAACCCAAAUAACUAUAAUUCUGCUGUUUCUUGCGUACCAUGUACUGCAGGUACUUAUUCUACCACAGAUCAACCAGGAUUCUGCUUCCCAUGUCCAGCUGGAUAUGUUUGCUUAGGAAGGACUACCACUCCAGCUCCUCAAGAUAGAGCUACUGAUAAUGGAUAUCCAUGUCCUCGAGGAUAUUACUGCCCAGAGGGCUCAACGAAGGAAAUAGCGUGUCCUGUUGGAACUUAUACUGAUGUGUUCAGUACAAAUUCUCUGGCAGAUUGUAAGAAGUGAGCAGCUGGCACAUAUAAUGACUUAGUCGGACAGAGCGGAUGUAUUAAAUGUAGUGCAACAGCAACAUCACCUAUUGGAGCAACUGAAUGUACUUGUAUCGGUGUAGGAAGAGAUUACUGUAAAGGUACUGGAGAAUGCCUCUGCGGACAAGGAUAUUCCCCAGCAGACGGAAGAGCCAAUACAAAUUCAGAAUAUAACUGUCAAUUAGAUACAGAAGUUCAAUGUCCUCAAGGGCAAAUUCCGAACAUUGAUAGGACUAGUUGUAUGACUGAAGCUGCUUAUUGUGCACUUGAAUGUACAGGAAUUGGAGAUGGAACAGGUACUUAUAUAGAGUCUGUUGGUAAAUGUGAAUGCUCAACCGUUGGAGAUUAUGAUUCUGGAUGUGCUGCUGCCUCUUGUACAACUAAUAAGUACAUUGAAUAUGAUUGCGAUGGUAAAACUACAGUUUAUAACUCUGACGGAACUGUUGCUACAAGCUCAUAUGAUCCUUCAACUAUCUCAGGAGUUUAUGGAGAUUUCAAAUGUACUAGAAGCGAUUGUAAAUGUACUACUUCUUCAUUGACAGUUUCUGGAGAUAGAUUUGUUUAUGAUUUCCAAGAAAGUAAAGUAGCUCAGAGAAUUUUGAGAAACUUAGGAAUUCCUACAAAGAGAAGACUAGAAGGUAGAGAUCUUGCAACUACUACAACUAUUACAAAUCCAAUCACAUGUGUUACUGCAGGAAACAUGGUAGAAUUUAAUGUAGACUCAACUACAAAGUCUUACCCAGUUUACAUGAAAGAUUCUCUUCUGAAUACCAACUCAAAAUUCGAUUAUGCUGGAUUCUUGAACCUAGCUACAACUAUCGAAGGUGGAACUGCAACUGUAUCAACUUACGUGCACACCUUUGAUACUGAAGGCACUUACGUAUUCAUGAACUCAUUGAAUAACUAUAUGCAGACAAUUAUCCGUGUUGUAUCCACCACCUCAUCAUGUGCCUCAACCACAAGUGUUAGUGCUGCUACUCUGGCUUCUCUAUACUCUCUGAACCUCAGCACCACCAGCGAGACUAAAACAGUCGAUAUGACUUUCUUCAUUAGAGUAAUCGCCACCAAGAUUGGUCUCUUAGUCCUUCUAGUAGGAUUUGUAACGUACAUGCAUUCUCUCGACAAGAACUGGACAUUCUUGCCAUUCCUCAGAAAGAAGAAAGAAGAGGAAGAAGAAAUGGAGAAAAGAAAGAGAGCAAAGCAACAAGAGAAGAAGGUUAGACUCAAGGCUGAUGAACUUAAAGAUAUCAGAGAUGAUCUUGCUGCUCAUGUUGAAAAACUCAAAAGAAGAAUUGAAGAACUCGAGAGAGAAAGAGCUCAAAAGGAUUCAGGAGAUAGGAGAUCCCAGAUUAAUAAUAAACUACUCAUUGAGCUUAGGAACAUCAGAAAAGAGUUGAAGAAGAAAGCAAAGGUUAUUAGGAAUGAAAAUGGACAUGAUUUCGAGAAAGAUAAGCAAAACAUGAAGAUUCAGAAGACUUUCUCAAAGCCAGUUGAUGAUCCAUCUCUUUUAGCAAGAAAGAGAUUUGAGAAAGACAAGGAAGAUGAGAGAAAAUAUGAUCUCCCUGAAGACCUGAGAAAUCAGAUCGAUGAAGAUGUUGAAAACAGAGAGUUCCAGAGACUUGACAAAGCUCAAGAAGACAACAGACAGCAAGUCUCAAACUAUCUUGAUGAAGAGAGGAAGAAGCUAGAGGAUCGUCUUAGAAGUGAAGGAAAGCUAAGUGAGUCUGAGAUUGAGAAUAUUCUGAACGACUAUGACAUGCACACUAGAGAUAUGGCCUUGAUUUUACAAGAAGAUGAAAGGAGACAACAAGAGAAUUUCAAGCGCCAACUUGAGGCUAGAAAGAACAGAAGGAAGAAGAUCUUCAACGAUAUUGACAAACUCAAGAUAGAGAGAGCUCAAGCUAAAGAGGUCGAAGCUAAAGAACUUGAAGAACACUUUAAGAAGAUGCAAGAGAAAGAGAAUUAUGUUAUCGGAAAGAUCUUAGUCGAUGAAGAAAAAGAAAUGAGAAAAGACCUUGAUGGUGAACUAGAAAACAAGAAAAAGAAUAGACUCAAGAAUUAUGUCGAUAAAAUGAAGAGGACUAAAGAUAAAGAUGAAUUCAAGAAGGUCUUAGAUGAAUAUAAUGACAAGCUCAAGACAGUUGAAGAUGAACUUCAGAAUGAACGCAAACGUGCUCUUAUGGAAAUCGAGAGGAAAAUGGCAGAGAGAAAGAAGAGGGAGAGAGAAAAGAUCGCACAAAUGAAACCAGAAGAGUCUUCAGUUGACAUUAAGGGCAUUGAAGAUAAGAUUCAAGUUAAAAUGGACUUGCUCAAGAAGGAAGCUGAUGAUGAAGCUGCCGCUAUGUUGGAAGAAGAAAGAAGGAAGAGAAAUAUUUCUCAAGAACUUGCAAUGCUAAGAAAGCAGAAUGAUGAACAAGUUAAACAUUUGAGAGAUCUUAACCAACAGAAAUAUGAAGACUUCUGCAGAGAGCUCAAUGCUAAAUAUGACGAAGAAAAACUUGGAAGGCUUAUUGACCUUAAUGCUGGAUCUGAUGGUCUUCAAGCAAUGAGAGAAGAACUUGCUGAUUCUGUUAGUCUCCUAAAGCAUUCAAGCGAUCCUGAAGAGAAGAAAGAGUUGACCUAUAAGAUUAAUGAUCUUAGAGAAAGGAUUAAGCAAACUAAGAAGGACGGUAAAGAAGAUGAGAAGAUUAAGAAGAACAACCAACUUAUGCAAGAAAGAGCUAAGAUGAUUGCUGAAAAGGAGAAGAAGAGAAAGGAAUUCAGAUGGAACCAAUUCCAAGAAGAAGAGAAAGAACGUGAAAAGCUAAGAGCUCUUGAAAGAGAAGAUUGGUUGAGAAGAGAAAAGGAAGCUGUUGAUGCCGUUGUUGAUAAGUAUAUGACUGCUGGUGAUAUGCAAGGACUUGCAGAAGUACUUGAUCAGGCAUAUGGUGCAGGAUCAAAGAUCUAUGCAGAGAGACUACUUGAUCUGAACAAUAAGCUGCAAGAGCAGAAGACAAGAAGGAUGAAAUAUAACUUCAACAAUAACUUGGAUCAAAAGAUUCAUGAUAUUGAGGAACUCAAUAGAGUUAUGACUCCACAACUAGAAAGGCUUAAUGCUAAGAAGAACUUAAUCUCUGAAGAUGACUACAAGAGUCAACUCAAGGAUCUCAUGAUGAAGGAAAAUGAAAAGAGAGCUGAGAUAGAAGCAUUAGCUGCUAGUAGAGAACAAGAUUCCCAGUCUAAGACCAUGAUAGACUUUGUUGAAAUGCAAAAAGAUCUUAUUGAUGGUCUUAAUGGAGAUAUGAAAGAUCUUAGAGAAUAUGCAUUUAAACCUCAUAAAGUCAAAGACAAGCAUCUCAAGAACGAGAUCAAGAAACUCAAUGAGAAAUAUGACAAAGAGCUUGAGAAGAUGAAGAAGGAAGAAGAUGAGGACAAGAAGAAUCAAAUUGAAGAGAUCAAGAACAGAUAUAAGAAGGAUGAUAAUCUGCUUGAGAAGCAACUUGACGAUUAUAGAGAUAAUCUUGAAAAAUUUAAGCAGCACAACAAGAAUUUCAUGGCCAACCAGCUUUCUAGAGAGAAAGAAAAGCUUGGAAACGAGCUCACUGAAGAUGAGAAGGCAUUACUGAUGGCUAAAUACGAGAGAAAGAUGGCUAACCUCAACAAGGCACUUGAAAAGGAACAUGAUAGACAAAUGAAGGAUCACAGUUCUCAACUAAGAGAAAAGCAGAAAGAAAUAGAUAACAGAAGAAGAGAAAGAGAGAUUUUGCUUAACAAUUUGUCUAUGUACAAAGAAUCCAGGGCCAAACAGAUUGCAUAUGAGGAUAACUUUGACAAGCUAGCUGCUUUAAUGGAAGAAGAUUUAGAACUAAUUGAUCAAGAAGCAUAUUCUGGACCAAGGAUGCAAAUCUACGAUCUUAUUAAAUUCAAACGUGAAUCAGAUGAAUACCUUGAUGUUCUUAGAGGAGAUGUGGGGCUCCUUGACAGAGUUAAGAGAAUUGAGAAUCACGUCCAAAGCAUCGAAAACAGCUACAAGAGCAAAAAGAAGACUGAAGAAAGAGCUCAAAAAGAGCAAUAAACCCGCUGUCAUGCAAGUAUUAGUUCAUAAUCUUGGAGUAUUGGCCUUUAAUGUGCUAUAUAAAUCUCCCAAGUUGCACAUCUUGACUGAUGCAGACUUGUUGAUUUAGAACACUAAAAAUACUUGCUUUCAUAUUCAUUUACUUUACUUUUACAAGUUCACAAAAUUCUUAUUAAUUUUAACCU